AUGAAGCUCUCCCUCCUCACCGUCGCCGCUGCCGCCGGCGCUGCUGUCGCUGCUCCUGCCGCCGAGAUUGACACCCGUGCCGGAAGCGUCCAGGGCUUUGACAUCUCUGGCUACCAGCCAAAUGUUGACUUCAGGGCUGCCUACAAUGGUGGUGCCCGUUUCGUCAUGAUCAAGGCCACUGAGGGAACCACCUUCAAGUCCUCCACCUUCAACAGCCAGUACACCGGUGCUACUAACAACAAGUUCAUUCGUGGUGGUUAUCACUUCGCCCACCCUGACACCUCUGCUACCGCUCAGUGCGAUUACUUCCUCGCCAACGGUGGUGGCUGGUCCAACGAUGGCAUCACCCUCCCCGGCAUGAUUGAUCUCGAGGGAACCUCCGGCAAGCCCAAGUGCUAUGGCCUCAGCGCCAGCGCCAUGAUUGCCUGGAUCAAGGCCUUCUCCGACCGCUACAACGCCAAAACUGGCCGUUAUCCCAUGAUCUACACCUCUCCCGACUGGUGGCAGUCCUGCACCGGAAACACCAAGACUUUCGGUACCACCAUCCCUCUCGUCCUCGCCCGCUGGGCCUCCAGCCCUGGAACCCCACCAGGUGGCUGGCCAUACCACACCUUCUGGCAGAAUGCCGACACCUACCGCUUCGGUGGUGACUCUGAGAUCUUCAACGGUGGCAUGGACCAGCUCCAGCGCUUCGCCAAGGGUGGUUAAAUCAUUUCCACCAGCCUGUACAUAUCAUCAAACGGAGAUAAGAUGAGCGUGCAACCUUCGACAUCUAUCUCCAGUAUAUAUAUAUUAUGAAUCUAAGAACUUCAGAAUCAGACUCUUUUGAUAUAGUAGUUAGUGGGAACAACUGGACAUGUAGACUUUUGUAAAACCGACUUCAAUGUUAAGCGUAAAAUUGGAAUGUUGAAGUUGAAAGAAGGUGUGCCCGAGUGACCUAAAAAUAGAAUAACAUGACGGAAGAGGUAAAUCCGUGCCGAGCUAUCACGUGGAGGUUAGUCAUCACGUAUAAACUAUCUUCCGUUCACGCGUUUAAUUAAUAUCACAUGAUUCCCAGCCACCGCGUAAAGUCGCGACUU